AUGGCGGCAGCAGGCCCUGCCAUGGAGUCGGCGUCCUGCGUUGGGCUCGGGCUGAACCUGGCUCAGGACGCGGAUAUAUCGCAUUUUUCUCUGCGGAGCGACGCCGUCGCGCCAGAGACGAAGCCAGCGGCCCCCAGGAACCGCUUCCAAGCUACCGUGGAUGACGACGACUCGGACCAAGACACCGUCGUCGCAUCACCAGCCCGCAACAAGGUUGCAGACAGUGUCUCAUCGUCCUCGCCCUCGUCCUCUUCAAGGACGUCUACCCAGAGGCCCAAUGGCGAUUGUCCAGACCACCACCAGCCUGUCUCACCAACACCCGCCAGCCGAUAUGGCAAAGCUUGUCCUUCUCCUUCUCCGUCUCCUUCGUCUUCAUAUUCCCAUGCAAGCCCAAGCUCAUCAAAGUCACACACCACGUCCUCUUCAACGGCAUAUGUGACCCCCAAUGCAACACUUACACCACCCUCGUCUGCCGAGUCCAGCCCCAAGCAACGGCCUACCGUGCACUUUUCCACCAGACCCCCCGUCGUGCUGCACCACAGAUCAAAUAGCUAUCCGGUAGCGACGGAGCCUUCUUCGCCGCGAUAUACCACGUCGUCACGCGGCGACGGCGGUCCACACAUGUCCGUGGUCGACAGACAAUGGGGUCAACUGUUUACCGAACACGGCGAGCCAACCAGGAGAUUGGCCGCGGUGCUACGCGGGUUGGCAAACUUCAUGAUCCGGGAAUACGAACCACGCAAUUCGCUCGUCAUCCCUCCUGUCAAGAUGUUUGCCUUGUAUAGGAGAUAUAAACUUGACAAGGAACAAUUCCCUUUCCAAGGAAUAUUCGACUACCAAUCCCGUCACUGCCUUCGCAGCCUGGAGCUCCUCUACCAAGACCUCUCUUGCGAAUACCACCUCAUCCAGGACCAGCACUCCACGCGUCCCUGCAUCCCUGCCCUUACACCCGUCGGCCUGCAGACCUGGCUGACGGCUUUCAUCCAAGCCGCGCCAGACGCUGAAUCCUACCGCCUCCAAAGCAUCCUCAUGGACAUCCCCCUCGAGGCAGACCACCAAGGCCCAACCCCAGUAGAGCGCCUACCAAAACAGCUAUCCCGGCACUUGUUCCCUGCCCACAGAAACGACCGCACAUACAGAGACAUUGUCUGUGCUCUAGACGACUGGAGUAAACGCAUGGGGAGCUCGUCCGAACCCCCCUCCCCCUCGUGGAGCAACCUCCUCUUCGAAGCAUUCCGGGGCGCCUCACACAUGAGUUCCAGCCCAGCAAGCAUGGGACGCCGAGAGAAGCCCUACCACACAGACGAUUACAAGCGGCACAGCAGCCGCAAGUCGCCUCCGGAGGACGUCACCAUAUCCCCCGCAAACACCUCCCGCCGCAGGCAGAGCACCUCCACCGCCAGUCGCACGCCACAGGAGGCAAAGUACUACUACUCGUCCUCGUCCUCUUCCACUUCCUCCUCCCAGCGUGAGAAGGCGUAUAACCCCGAGCCCCGGUACUUUCCUAGCUCGCGCAGCGAGCCCUCUAGGCGCAGAUACUCGGAGCCAUCGCCCGAGCGCAUCAAGUACGAUAGACACACGAGCAGACGGCGCGACAAGAGCCCCAAGGCCGCAAGGGCCGCAUCAAUCGACAGCGAAAGGAGAUAUAGGCACCCUCCGCGAAGCUAUUCCAGUUCUUCGUACUCAAGGGGGGCAGAGGACGUAGAUAGGGGCCGAAUGGCGCCGGAUUCGAGCAGCUGGACACCUGAUGCGUCGCCCGGGAGAGUGGACAGCUACCGCUUCUUUCAGGGGAGGCAACAAGGGCCGACAUACGAUGAGUUCUUGCGAGGGAAGGCGAGAGGGUGA